CUUCCUUCCAUACAACUACUCGAGUAGUUGGUGUGGUUGGUUACCUGGGCGAUUUGCUUAUCUUAUCUACACGUGCGUCGAUAUUUAUUUUGCGAUCUACAAACGUUUUGGCAAAGGGUCCUCAAGGAGCAACUGCGCCUCUAGAUCUCUGCGACACCACCAUCCCAACGAUACUACCCUAUAUCGCUCUACAAUCAGCCGACACAGCCCGUCGCAUCCAGAACUCCAACCAGCCAGGCACCACGUACCAUCUCACGACCUCCACAAUGUCCUCUCAAGACUCUCCCCCACCCUCCCGCGAAACCAUCGCGCGCCAGCGCUCCCUCCUCCGCUACACCUCCUUCGGCGCGCUCGUUAUCUGCCCGCUCCUGAUCGUGCUACCACCGCGCAAGAUGGACGUCUACACCAUCGCGGCGCUGGCGUCGACGGGGUUGAGCGGGAACUACUUAGUGGGAGAUUACACAGGGAGGACAAUAGUUGACCGGGCGAAGUUUUCUGCAGCGGGGUUUAUGGCUGAGAGGGCGGAGGAGAAGAAGCGGUUACAGGAGAGGAUCAGGUUGGGAGAAGUGUUGGCCAGUGCGACGGAUAGUAGGCCCAAGGAGGGGUGGAAGGCGCAGAGGGAUGAGAGGGAGAAGAAGGCGGCGGAGGAGGGGAAGGGGUAUGGGGAUUUGAUUAUGGAUCAGAUUUGGGAUGUGUGGACUUGGGGGAAGGGAGAUAAAUAG